AUUUGACAAUUUAGAAAACUGUUCCCUAGGAGUCCGGGCCCUCUUUGCAAUCAGGCAGAAGCUGUAAAGGAGGCUAGUGGAGAACAGAGUAUUUCCCCAGAAAACUCCCCUCCUCACCUUGCCAUCCAGUGCAAAGACACUGCCCGGGCCAGUUUUCUUAAAGUCGUAUUGCUGUUUAAGGAGUUAAUAGGGCCCAGUGCAGAGGCUUAGGCCUGUAAUCCCAGCAGAGGCAGAGGGUGCAGUGAGCCAAGAUCGUGCCAUUACACUCCAGCCUGGGCAAUAAGAGCAAAACUCCAUCUUAAAAAAAAAAAAGGAGUUAAUAGUCAUGAUUGAGACUCUUAUCAGCCCAAAGAGAAUGCACAUGUUUUGUAAUUUACGUCAUUUUGCAGAGGCAAUUUGAAUAACAGCCUGCAGUACGGCAGGCAUGGGUCUGCUAGCCAGUGAAAGGGCCCCGCCCCAUGGUUGGUCCCCAGUGCUCUGUGUCAUUGGGAAUCUCUCCAGAAGGUGACUUUGUGCCGGAUGUCAUGGGCAGCAGUGGGUGGCCAGAAUCUGAGAACUGGUAGACACUUCCCAUCCCUGCCCCAUCACCAUCACCUCAGCCAGCAUCAGACUUUUUUCCAGGAUAGUUAUACAUUCCUUGUGCUUGAAUGCGUUUGUCUUAAUGCAUUAAAUUAAAUGUAUUUGCAUUGUGGUUUUAAAUGUCUUAGGGUAAGUUCUUUCAAAAGUUAAUUUUGAGCCCUUAAGUUAAUGAUACUUCUUUCCAAAAAAAUUAUGUAUGAACUGUAGCUUCAGCCUCUGAUUAGAUGCCUUCUCUUUGAUUCUCGUAGUCAAAAGUCUGUUUAAAAAGCAGAGAGAGGGUGCCUCGGCGUGUACGUGAAGAGAUGAAGACCCGACCCUGGGCGUGUGGGGACACUGGCCGCCACUUCAUCCCCGUCAAUCUGGACUCAGAGAAUUUCAAGAGCUUGCUGGUUGGGUCAAGAGUGAAUCUGCACACGCCACCCUGCUGAUCCCGGAUUUAUAGCCAUCUUUUUAACCUGCAAAGAAGCAUUUGCAGACGUUCUCUCAUGGGUAGCGCUUGCCAACCUUUGGAGGAUGUGAAGCCGGCAGAGAAAUAAAGCGUUGCCCCUCUGCGCGUCCCUCCCCGCCUGCUAGAAUGUUUCUCAUGAACGCUCCUCCAGUGGUUGCUCUCCAGUCCAAAUGGGAGGGCUUUGGCCCGCCAGGGAGCUUUAGGUUCCCCAGGUGCUUCUCGGAGGCUGACGAGGGCGUGGAGAGCGCGGCGGUGAGCGCCCGGGUGCAGAUGCUCAUCACCACGCUGCAGCGUGACGGGGCUGCUCGGGGCACCAGCGAUGAACGUGCCGUGCAGAGGGGCCACAGGGCGGAGGGAUGCCACGACGCCAGGCCGGCGGCCAAGCCCCCCGUGCACAAGGAGCCGCCUGCCUUGGCUGCCUGUGGCCUUGUGGCUGGCAUUGACCCCAUGGGGGAGGAGGCAGCUGCAGACUUUGGCCCAUUGGUGCUAGAUUCAGACAGCGAUGAUUCCGUGGACCGGGACAUUGAGGAGGCCAUCCAGGAGUACCUGAAGGCAAAGAGUGGUGCCCCACAGCCCGGGGCCGGGGGGGUGCAGCCAGGCGCAGCCCAGCAGCCUUCCAGGGCCUCAGGUGGAAGCAGUAGAUGUAAGCCAGAACCGGCUCACAGCAGUGCCCCAACUGCCCUGGGUCCCCCAAAACUUGCGCCUGGCUCAGGCGGUGGCCCUGGCAUCCAGGGGGCAUCCAGCCAGGACCAGGGCUCCGCCUCCCCGGUCAGCGUGAGCAGUGAUGACUCCUUUGAGCAGAGCAUCAGGGCAGAAAUAGAACAGUUUCUAAACGAGAAGAGACAGCAUGAGACCCAAAAAUGUGACGGGUCAGUGGACAAGAAACCUGACCCCAACGAAAAUUCGGCGGCCAAGUCACUCUUGAAAUCCCACCAAGAGCCGGCCGCGAGAGGGUUGCAUCGGCAGGGUCUGAUGGGCACCCAGAAGGAGUUCACCUUCCGCAGACCUCCGCGGUUAGCAAAGAUGAACAUGCAGCCCAGAAACCUCAGGUCCACGGUCACAACCACGCAGGAGAACGAGGGCAGCGCAAAGCCAGCAGCCCCCGGCCGCCCUUCAGAAGCAGCACAGAAUCAAAUCGGGACCAAGAGGAGCACCAGCACCGCAAGGAGGGGAGGGCGAGUCCCGAGCGCGGCACAGGCGCCCGAGGCGUCCGACUCCAGCAGCGACGACGGCAUCGAGGAGGCCAUCCAGCUGUACCAGCUGCAGAAAACACGCAAGGAGGCGGACGGGGACCCGUCCCAGAGGGCCCAGCCCCGCGAGGAGAGGCAGCCUGACCCUCCGGCACACAGCACAAGCAGUGCCACGAAAAGUGCCUUGCCCGAGAGCCACAGGAAAACACCCGGCAAGAAGAAGCCAGUGGCCGCCAAGGCCACAGACCCUGGCCCCGGGGGCCUGGACACUGACCGCUUCCCCAGGCUCCCGAAGGAAACCAAAGCUCCGCCUCCUGUGAGCCCGGCUUCCAGGAGCGAGUUUGUGGAACGGUCCUUGUGCCGGGCAGACACGUCCGCUGAGCUGAUGUGCGCGGAAGCGAUCCUGGACAUUUCCAAGACGAUUUUGCCGGCCCCCGCGAAGGGCAGCGACGGGUCCCUGUCCGCGAGCCCACUCUUCCACUCCGCCAACGUGCCUUCCCGCUCCGACGGUGACAGUAGCUCCGUGGACAGCGACGACAGCAUCGAGCAGGAAAUCCGGACGUUUUUGGCCCUCAAGGCACAGUCAGGGAGUUUGCUGGCCAGAGGUGAGAGCUGCCCACAGGCUGCCCAGGGCCCACUUUCGCCGCCUGGCCCCAACAGCCAGACCAGCGGCCCCAAGGUCCCUCUCUCUAAAACACCGGACUCACUGCUGGGCUGCAAAAGGAAGCGUAGAGGCGGCGGCCACGUGAGGCCAUCCGUGCCCAAGAAAACACGGGAGGUGGUGAAAGACGGGGGCCGGGAUGCCGACCACAGCCAGGGGAGAGCCGAGCCCGGCCAUGAGGGGCGGGACCUGCCCGUCCAGGGCAAAGCCAGCGAGGCCCCUGGAGAGGAGGGCGCCGCUCGCCUGUCACAGGGCCAGGGGAAGACAGACGAGGCCAGGCGCCUGGACGAGAAGGAGAGCUCCGACGACAAAAGCAGCUCCCUGGACAGUGACGAGGACCUGGACACGGCCAUCAAGGACUUGUUAAGGUCCAAGCGGAAGCUGAAGAAGCGGUGCAGGGAGCCCAGGGCAGCCUGCAGGAAGAAGGUCAGGUUCAGCACCUCGCAGACGCACUUCUUGGAGCAGCUGGGCGGGCUCCGGCGAGACCGGGAGGACAGGAGGCCGCCGGUGCUCAAGAGCUGCCUCUCCAAGUCCAAGAGAGACGGCGGCGAGGGCUCUGGGAAGAAAUCCCCCAGCGUCUUCGGCGGCUCGGCAGAGAGGAUGAAGCAGGAGUGUGCCGGGAACCAGGACACGGUCCCUGCCUUCCGGGUGCGGAGACCGGCGUCUGCCUCCACCUGCGCCUCUGCCUCCGAAGGGAACCCAUUCCCCAGGGAGUCCCAGGGCUCAGCUCCCAGCCCAGGCUCCCUGUCUGACGACAGCAGUUCAGUGGACAGCGACGAUAGCAUUGAACUGGAGAUUCGGAAGUUCUUGGCGGAAAAGGCCAAGGAGUCGGUGAGCAGUUCAGAAGUUCAGGCAGAGGGCCCAGCUGCCCUCGGGACAGGGGGCCCAGCCAGGCCAGAGGUGCUGGGCAGGAAGGAGCCCGCCCUGCCGCCUGGCAUGUGUACCCGGAGCCAGAGGGCCAGGGGGACCCCACAGCCGGCAGAAGGGUCUCGAGGCACAGAGAGCUUAGGAGCGCAGGGUGCGGCUGGUCUGUUCAGCCAGGGCGGGAAGGGGCUCCCUGCUGCUCCCGGCCGAGGGGAUCCGGCACUGCCCAGGAGCACCAGCAUCUCUGCCAAGGGGCUGUCACUGAGCAGGAAAAAUGUUUACAUUCACAGAGACCAGAGCCCACAAGGGACGGAGCCUGCUGCCAAAAGUGCUUUUGGUCAGCUGCCCAGCUGUGCCACAGCGGGCACCGAGGCAGCAGGUGCCCGGGGGACCUUUCACAUGGGCUACGGGGGCCGGGGCUUCCUGACCCCCAGCCCGGGAGCUGAGAGGGACGCUCGAGCCCAGGCUGACCGCACCCUGCCCUGGAGCGACUUUGCCCACCAGAGUCGGCUGCCCAGCCCUUGGGCGCUGCGAUCCGAUGGUAGAGAUACGGCAUGGAGUGUGGGUGUUGGGAUCGAGAGAGAGAAGGGGUCCGAGGGCCCCGCCCGGGGCCUGCCCAGCCUGCCCCUUGCCGGCUUUUCCCCGCUGCUGUCCACCCAGCUCUUCCACUUUGGAAAGGGCGUCUCCUGGGGGGGCAGGCAGGCUGGCCUCUUUAGCCCCCACUUGGGGCUGCCUCUGCAGGGCCCGUCCUUCUCGGCCUUCAGGGAGGCCCAGGCCGGGCCCAGCCCUGUCUUUGGAAGCCCACACCUGCUGGCGAAGAAGGACGGCGGGUCCUGGCCUAGCAGGAAGGCGCAGCCGGGGCUGAGUUUGCAUGACAGGAGGAGCUCGGGCUCGGAGGAAAGUGUUUUGGACCUGAGGUAUAGACGGAGGGUCAUGGAUAGGGACGACCAGGACCAGGACGCCUUGGGCAGUGAUGCCAGUGACUUCAGCGACACCUCUGGGGAGGACAGUGGCGGCAGCUCAGUGGUGAAGGUGUAAGCCCUCCAGCUGUGGUUCCAUCCUGGGGUCCGUGCGCGUGUCGUGCGUGUGUGUGAUGGUCUGUGGUUGCCGGGAGGGGAGCAGGAGGCUGUUAUGCAUACCCCCGUAUAUACGUACGCCAACGCGAAACGAUGCUUUUAUUUAACAGACGUGUCCUGGUAAAUAUGAGUUUUGUAGCUUUUUGUAAAUUAUUUAAAGUGAUGUAAAAAAUAUUUUUGGAAAAUCCUGUCGUUCAAUUUUGUAGGGUGUUCCUAACUGCAGUUUUCUGUGUUCGCAUACAAGUCUUAGAUUAGAAAACACUGGGUUCUUACCGUCACAGCCAGGUUCACAGAGACUCUGAUGCUUUUUGUCGGUGGCUGGUGAGAAUGUCCGGCGGUGGCUGCCGUGGUAGCCCGAGGGAGGCCGAGCUGCCCUCCCGGGAGUCGCUCAGAUGCCCCAAGGUGUCCGUUGGGAAGCUCCCAGGACGGCACUUUUUAUACAGAGGACACCAACCCUCACCGGGCCCCCGGUCCUUGGAGGCCAGAACACAUCUGAAAACUGUAGUCAUAGCCGUCGGUUGGAAAAAAGUUUUGAAGCACAAUGGCCAUCGAGCCCGUGACCGCCCCCGUUGCAUGUGAAAUCCACGAGGAUGUCAGUGGCAGGGACUCUGCAGCCCAGCCCUGGGCCUGGGUGGGUUCGUGUCCAAUCUUGUUCAAUCACUAGAUGAUUCUAACAUCUAAAUAAACCUCGUUUUGUAUG